CCGUGUGCGAGAUGUGAGUGUAAGAUCUCACGAAUCUCUCGAGAUUCGCGAGGCGAUCACCGCGUGAUGACCGUUCUCCUCGAUUGAACAAGGUCGCUCGCUCUCUCGUCUGUUCUUCGUAGUUCGUAUCGCGUCGCAAAAGUGUUCCUGAUAAUCGGCGACGAUACAGCCGGAGCACGGACCUAUCACGUCUAUCAUGAUCAACCGAUCGAGAUAAUGAGAGAUUACGAUUCGUCAGAGAUGAGGAUGGUAUGGCACCAUGGGAAUGCGAGUCAUGUACGAUUAAUAUGAAUCAUUUUGAUAUUAGUACCUGUGUACGUUCAAAGAAUUCUAGGCUUUUCCAAAAAUGAGUCCAAUCAGAAUUACUACUGCAGACAGUCUCGACUAUCGUUAUAUACCCAUCACAAAAAACAGCGUUAGUUUAGGCAUUAAAGCUAGCCAUGAUGCAAGGAUUGCCUUACGGACACAUCUUGGUGAUGACUCCAAUGUAUAUGAAAUUAUUAUCGGUGGAUGGGGAAAUACUAUGUCGGCGAUAAAAAGAAAUCAUACAGAGCCAGAUGUAGCAGAAGCAGAUACCAGGGACAUACUGAACCCUGAUGAGAUAUGUGAUAUUUUCAUACAAUGGUCUUGUGAUGGACUAUUAAGAGUGAUCCGCGAAGAUGAUUUUGACAUGCCGUUCAUGUCUUAUAAAGACAGAAACCCAUUUGUCAUAAAUUAUAUAGGAGUUAGUACUGCUUGGGGAGCAACCGGAGAAUGGAUAAUUGAAGAAUGUCAGUUUACGUCACCCGCCAUCAGACAGCAACUAAUGGACACCUGCCAUUUCUGGGUGGAUUUCAACGAGGCGUUUGGACUACCUCGAAAUGCAGUAAUGGCCUCUGAAGAUGGUUUGUACAUCGGUCGAGCUCAUCAUCAGGGCACUGUGACACCAGGUGGCAUACGCUACAACGCCUGUACACUCGCGUGGGGCGGUAAUGCGCAUUUGAAACGAGAAUUCCAGGUGCUGUGUGGCAAAGACGUAAACUGGGUAAAGUCCUGGGAAGGUACCGUGCCUCUACACGCCCUACCCGCCGGCGAAACUGAGGAUGGUUACGCUUUAUUCGUCGGCAGAGUAUUACACGAUGGUAUCUAUCACAUCGGUAAAAUACAACCAAAUCACCAAGCGUGUUACAUACCGCUGAAUGGCCAGGAAACGGCCUAUCUGGAAUACGAGGCCUUGGUCAUACAUGACAAUUACGGGGUCGAGUGUAUCGGAAGGUAAAGCGACGGAUGGGUUAGAGAAUGUUUAUUUUUCCACGAGACAAAAUAUUUUUCGCAAGCUAAAAUUCAAUGCUCUGUAAAAUUGAUUCUCUAAUAAAAUUUCAAUUGGAGUUGUUUGUAUUUGUGUACGCGUCAAUUAUUCAUAAUAACUUAAGAUAAUUUAUAGCAUAUCUUUUAUAAAUUGCGAAUGGUAUUACUUAAUAUUAUAGAGAAAUUUGUUACAAACUCUCUGCAAACUUCUCUGCAAACAUUAUGCAAAAAAUAAGUACAAUAUUGUAUUUAUUUUUUGCAUAAUGUUUGCAGAGAAAUUUAUUAAAGUUACUAUAUUAAUUAUUGAAAUUAUAUUAAGGACACAAAGCCAACAAAUAAUAAAAUAAAAUAACGCGAAAAGAAAAAGACAGAAAAGAGAGAGAGAGAGAGAAGAGAGAGAUUGAGGAUAAUGAAAUAUUUGCAGCUCAAAUACAAAUAUAAAAUGUAGAUUUACAAAUUCACAUUUUAAUCUUUUACUAGUGAUACAGAUAUUAAUCUUUGGAUAAUUCCUUUUAAUUCAAUCACUAAUAAAUUUUUCAAAUAUAUUUUUCAGCAAUUUUUAUCUCAUAAAAUUGGUGUACGACUCCAAUUGAAAUAAUAAAAUGGAUUCAAUCAAGACUCAAGCUAAAAGAUAAAUUAAUAGUCAUGUGAAAUUGGUCAGAAUUGAAAGAAGUAAUUUGCAAAUAAGUACAGUUACUGGGAAAUACCGAUUUCUUUCGAUUCUCGCCAGUUUCAUUUUUAAUGUAAUCUAUAUGCAAUUGUAUGUAUAUAUUGACCUCGACAUGAAUUAAUUGUAAUUUGUAGUCUAUUACGAUGAGCGAAAUUCAAAGACAUAUUUUUUUAUGACUACCGUGUAGAAAAUCGUUAUCGCAAAUGGUGUUGGUCAUUCCAUUUCUAUACACAAACAGGCUAAUAUAUUUAAACCCGAUAUUAUUUAUACAGACACUAAUUAAGUGUAAAUAGUUAUUGAACAAUACUUAGCUAAAAACUUAUUACCCAGCUAAGGUUACAAAAAAGACCAUAGAUAACAGUUUAUUAUAGUUUCCUAAUGCCAGAUUAUGUGUGAAUAAGUGUACAUUAUUAAAUUAUUGCGAAAUUUACUUUUUAGACGCAUAAAUGAGAAAGAGAAAAUACUUAUUAUUUUAAUAUAUUUUGAAAAUAUUUUAACCACGUUGAUUUAUAAAUUCUUUAACUGUGUAUGAGAGCGAAGCUAAGUGUAUUGUUAUUCUUGUUUAAUUUAGUGACUACUCAGGGUUUUACAAUUAAUCCACAAAUGAUGGCCAAUUUAAGACAUAAAACAGAAUCCUACUAUUUUAUCUAUGAUAUUGUGAUAUGAUAAUAAACGAAUAGACAACAGAACGGCACGAACCAAAAGAAGCACAUUGAAUAACUUAAUGGCGCGUGUUCUAUAAUAUAUUAGUAUCUGUAGUAGACAUUCUUUUUACAGCACUUCUUUAUUACACACAAACAUUCAGAUGCGUUAUUAUAAGGUGCAAAAAUCUAUCUAGGACGAGUUUUAUUAAUUAAAAGUGCUAUUUUAACAGCAGCACAAUUCUAUCUUCCCAUCUCUGUUAUUUGUGUACAAAAAUAUAUGUAGCUUGUAAUAUAACAAAUGUAAUUAGCAGCGUAAUUAAAGCGCUAUGUAAAUUUCUGUGCAGCAUGUACCGCGAUACUCGCGUUGUAAUUAUAUAAUUGAUAGAGUAGCGAAAUGUUUUUAUGAAAUUAUUACACGCGUGUGUAAUAAAUUUAUAGAAAUUUCACGUACAACUAGUUCCUGUCUCUUAUAAUUGAAAGAUUAUGAAAGUCAGGUAAAUAAAUGGUAGCUUUAAACUUUCUUCAAACGCUUAAAAGAGAAAUGCAAGACAUUCUUCAAAAAGAUGAAGUAAAAGUCUUUCCACAUUAAAUGUGAUUAUAGUUAUGUAUUAGAAUAUUUUGCGUAACAUAAUAUUGUUGUACGUCUUGAAAAUAUUAGAAGUAGGAUAAGAUAAUUGUGAAGUCAAAAACAUUUCUAAAAACAAAAAAACAUUUUUAGAAUGUUGGAAAUAUUAAUUUUUUUCUAGAAGUAUCUUUGCAAGAUAACAGAUUCUGUAUGUAUGUACCAUAAUAUAUGUAUAUUACGCAAUAAUGUUAUAGUAUUUUGUUACUGUGUCAUUGUUGCACAAUGUAAGCAUUAUGUCCUCUCAAUAUAUUGUAAUAUAGCAA